AUGUUUGUCGUUUUGUGCAGAGACUCUCCGCUGUCUCCGCAGCUGGAUUCUCACCUCACUGGACACGGGGGAGAGCACAGCUUCUCUCGGUCUCAGUUGCCGUCGUUUCCUCUUUUGGCCUCGGGCGUCAACCCGUACUUGGAAACUGCCAAGACCACGCAUCCACUUUCCUCUCUCUUCUCCGUCCGCCACAAUCCUCCCACGCCUUCAACGCCUCGGGUUUCUCUUCGGCUUUUCGCCAACUCGUCCUCUUCCUCUUCUUCUCCCUCGUCUUCUUCUUCUCUCGGUUCUUCUCCCUCUUCUUCUCCAUCGUCUUCUCCCGCUUCUUCUCCCUCGUCUUCUCCCGCAUCUUCCCCCUCUUCUUCCCCCUCUUCUUCUCCCUCUUCUUCUCCCUCUUCUGCGAUGCGCAGUUUGCAGCGUUUGUCUGUCGACAUGUUCGUUCGGUUUUCGCGGGACCACGCUGCGUUGUUCCGGCGCUGUCGCCUUCUGUAUCCAGUCCCGCGGUCGUGGCGGGAAGGCCGAGGCCACGAGCUCGGAAACGCCGCUCUUCGCAAGAGCCUAUCAGGCCAGUUGCACGGGAAGCGAACGAAGGAUCCCGCACGCGGGGCCGCGUCCUUUCUGGACGUGGGAAAGAACCGGCUGAGAGCCGCGUGGGAAUCGCGGAGCGCAGACCUGCGGGCGCAGUGGCAAGCAACGAAGGGAGAGGCCCGCGCCUUCGCGUACUUGGACAGAAAGGCGUUUCUCGAGAGACAAAAGUCCAAACUGCGGGCACAAAGACAACAUCUCAUGCGCCUCGUCCAGCGCCAGCAAAGAGCCGUGCAAGAGCGCGGCAUCCUCUGGAUCGACAUGCGCCGCCGGAAAGUCGAAGCCGCCCUCCUCCAACUGCGACACAGUGGCCAAAUGCAACAACUCCGACAAGUCAAGUCCCAGAUGAUGCACCAAGGCAAAAAGGCCACAGAACGUUUGAAGGGACUCUGGGAGAAGUACGGAUGGGCCUCAGUCUUGGCCUACGCCGGCGUCCACGUCGCGACUUUCCUCGCUCUCUUUGGACUCGCGCAGAUGAUCAGUGACGAGUCGGUCCAGCGGGUCGCCGACUGGCUUCACCUCGACAAAAUCGUCGACAAAGAAUCCCUGCUCAACGAGAACAGCGCCUUCUGGGGCCGCCUGCUCUUCGCCUACGCAGCAUGCAAACCUCUGACGCCCGUCCAGGUCGCGCUUGCCUUUUGGUGCACACCGCACCUCGCGCGGUUUAUGGGUCAACGCGGCAUUCCUGUGCACGUGAGCAAGGCCACGGUGACGCGGCUGCGUGGACAGCUUCGUUUCCGCCGGCGGAAGUCCUCGGAGAAAAACACACUUUGA